AUGGCAAAACGCAAAAGAUCUUCAGCGGCUGACCUUGAUGCUGCUGUUCCUACGCCUAAGACUCUCCCUGUCAACGUUGCUUUAGUGGCAUCAUCUAUGAUGCCGCCUGAACCCGUUCGACGCACAAGUUCUAGAAGAGCAUCCACACAGGCUGCACCUGCGGAUAUUGACACAAAUCCCGACACCAACCCCAAGAUUGAGGACGCUCCAGACGCCCUUCGAGCUUCACCCGACGCAGAACAGAAGCCUGAGGGCGCAACGAAGAAGAAAAGGAAGACGGCGGGAGCUACAAAGGUAAAGAAGGAGGCCGACGAACCUGAGGUAAAUGAUGUGGUAGAAAAGGCCAGACAGCCUUCACCUGCACCCAAGAAGGCUGCCAAGAAGGAGGAUGAUGUCGAUCGAGCAGAUCCAGAGGGCGAGGACGAUGAAGCUGCCGACCCAGAAGAGCUCAAAGAAGCUUUGUCAAGACCGCCACCAGUCAACAGCUCGUGCCUGCCUUUACCCUGGAAAGGUCGGAUAGGCUAUGCCUGUUUAAACACCUACCUUCGGGCCUCGAAUCCCCCGGUCUUCUCGUCACGAACAUGCCGCAUUGCGUCCAUCCUUGAACAUCGUCAUCCGCUCAAAGAUCCCGACCAACCUGAGCACGCGACCAAGAAUAGACCCGACAAGGAACAACCAGCAGACAUAUCAAGAGGUCAAGCAUAUGUGGAAGCGCUAGGCCUGGCCAAUGCCCGUGACAUUCCCAAGAUGUUGCGCUGGAACGAUCGAUAUGGCAUCAAGUUCAUGAGACUGUCUUCAGAAAUGUUUCCAUUUGCCAGCCACGAUGUGUAUGGAUACAAGCUUGCUCCAUUCGCAUCGGAAGCACUAGCAGAAGCAGGACGUGUGGCAGCAGAACUUGGACAUCGCCUGACCACACACCCUGGACAAUUCACCCAACUUGGGUCACCUCGGAAAGAGGUUAUCACCGCAUCGAUACGGGACCUCGAGUAUCAUUGCGAAUUGCUCGACCUACUCAAAAUGCCUGAACAGCAGAACCGAGAUGCUGUCAUGAUCUUGCACAUGGGCGGCAUAUUCGGGGACAAGGCUGCCACCAUUGAACGAUUCAAGCACAACUACCGUGCCCUGCCCGAAGGCAUCAAGGCUCGUCUGGUCUUGGAGAACGAUGAUGUUUGUUACAGCGUGCACGACCUCCUGCCAGUAUGCGAAGAGCUCAACAUACCUAUGGUGCUCGAUUACCAUCAUCACAACAUCGUAUUUGAUGCGGACAAGAUCCGCGAAGGCACGUCAGACAUCAUGAAACUGUAUGACCGAAUCAAAACAACCUGGACCAAGAAGAGAAUCACCCAGAAGAUGCACUACUCCGAACCGACACCGCAGGCGAUCACAGCACGACAGAGGCGCAAACACAAUCCGCGAGUAGCAACUCUCCCACCUUGUGCCCAGGAUAUGGAUCUCAUGAUCGAAGCCAAGGACAAAGAACAAGCCGUCUUCGAGCUCAUGCGCACGUUCAAGCUACCAGGCUUUGACACCUUCAAUGACAUCUUACCAUAUGUUCGCAAUGACGAGAAUAAAGCAUGGAAGCCUCCCAAGCCCAAAAAGACCGCGAAGAAGAAGUCCAAAGCCGCAGAAGUGGAUGAGGAGGAUAUGGAUGAACCUGAGAUCGAAGCACAGCCCCCACCACUCAUUCCCGAUACCGAAGUCGGCAUGGGUGGUCCGGAAGGUCGUGUUUACUGGCCGCCAGGCAUGGAAGAAUGGCUCCGUCCAAAGAAACGCGAAGUUAAGCCACGAGACCCGGAAAAGGCAAAAACGACUGCUGAACGAGCUGCCGCGAGAAGGGCUGAAAAGGCGGCAUGGCAGGCGGCUCAGGAGGCUGGCAAUGCCGCAGCCUCGUUGACAGAUGCUUCGGCCAGUGUAUCUGCAUCGGAGCUUGUCGAUGGGGACACGAGUCUCGACCUCGAGAAAACCAAGUCUGUGUAUAACAUGACCAAGAAGCAGAAACCUGCGCGAGCACCUCGGUCGGCAAACAAGAAAAGUGUGACGUCAGUGCCCACACCAAGCUCCAGCGGCCUCUCUGAUCUCGACGGCGAAGACGACGAGCCGGACAUCGACAUGCCUGAUCUCACCGACGCUGAUGAGAACGCUGUGGCUCCACCCCCAGCUAAGAAAGGUGGAAGAAACGCGCCGAUACGGACGACUGGUGGGAGGGCUACGAAGAGGAAGGCCGUUAACUAUGCUGAGGGCGACGAGGACGACUAG